AUAAAAGUAAAAGUAUAUUUCCAAAGGAUCGUAAAUAUUUCAGUUUUUUAAAUUUAACGAGUUUUAUUGUUCGUAAUUGUAGUAUUCAGAGAUGUAUCAUAUUAUAACCUAGAACAUUCAGUUUUUAGUUUUCAAUCAGGGGACUCAGAAAUAUAAAUUAGUAGAGAAAAAAUUUUAUCAACUACAUUUACCUCUUAUUAUCUGUUAUGAAAUUGCAAAUUUUAUUCAUGUUCAUAAUAGUGUGAAGAAAUAUGUCGCAGCACUGGAAACAUUUAGAUCUAAAAGCAUUACCUAUUCCUGAUGAUAUUAUUCUUAAAAAGGACUGCGUUACCGUAAAUGAAGGAUUUAAAAAUGUAGAAAAAGCUGAAGUUUUUUAUCGUGAAGCUCUACCACCUAAUGAUUCUCAAACUCAUCCUAUAAGUGUUUUGUUACUUCAUGGACAAAUGUUUUCCUCACAGACUUGGUUGAAUUUAGGAACAAUUCAGAUGUUAGCUGCAAUGGGUUAUCGCACAAUAGCUGUAGAUCUUCCUGGUUAUGUAAAUUCACCAGCUGUUAAAAUUUCUGAUAAAGGAAGUUUUUUGCAGUCAUUGCUAGAAAGCUUUAAUAUGGAAAAGCCGGUCAUAGUAAGCCCAAGUAUGAGUGGAAGUUAUGCUUUACCUUUCCUAGUCAAACACAGUGAAAAAUUAGCUGGAUAUGUUCCUGUUGCUCCUGUAGGCAUUGAAAACCUAGAAAAUUUACCAGGAUGCACAGAUUUGCCUGUUAAAAAUCAAGUUUAUGUUCCUUUACAACCAUUCCUGCAUGACCCUGUUCCUGAUUUGAGUUUUAUAAAGACACCAACAAUGGUAGUGUUUGGAGAAAGGGAUAGAUCUCGAAGCUCAGCUUUACUAAAUUUAUUGCCAAACAGCCAGUGUCAAGAAAUACCUAAUGGAAGGCAUCCUGCAUAUUUGGAUAACCCAAAUUUAUGGCAUCAACUUUUGUACAAUUUUCUGUUAAAAUUAUGGUGAAAUACUUUUUAUACAAGCAAUUUUUGUUAAAAUUUGUAUGAUUUUUUUAAAAAUAUUGUAUAAUUUUAUAAUUUAAAUACUUUUGAUUUAGUUAGCUUGCAUAUAGGUUAAAAUAUUUACUUUAUUGUUUUUCUGUACUGCACAUUUUAAACAAUUUUGUAAAUUACUCAUCAGGAUUUUAAGCUUCAUACUUCGUGAAAGCAAUUAUUUUUAAACACUAAAUUAUUACAAAACAAUACUGUAAAUCUUUAAAAAAUUAAAAUAUAAGAAUUAAUGCUAUUAAUUAAUAAUAACAUCAAUAUACAGUUAUUUUCUUUUCUAUUCUUUGUUGUACUAAAAUGAGCUUUAUUUUUACGUAGUUAAUAUUAAGCUCAUUUAUUAAAAAAUAAUAAAUUGAGCGGUAGCUGUCUUAGGAAAACAAAAUUUUAGAUUUAUUAAAUUAAAACUCUGCAUAUAUUGUUGGGAAGCAUUUUAGUUUUGCAGUGUCAGAUUAAAAAGAAUAAUUUUAAAAUAGAUAAAUUGUUCAUGAGUAAUAAUUUUAAAUCCACAAUUAUUUUAUGAUUGGAAUUUUAAAAUUUAUAAACUUAGAAAUUUGUUGAUUAAAAAAAAUUUUUUUUUGCAUUAGUAUUGUUGAAAAAUAUAUUUUUUACUGUGCCUGUGUUGCUUGGAGCUAAAUGAAUUAAAAAAUCUUUCAUUUUCCUGAAUUCCUCCUGUUUUAGAAAAAAAUUACUUCCCCCAGGACACUAAAAAGAAAUAAAUCUUAUCCAAUGUUUUAGAUUUAAAAAAAAAUUUCAUUUCUUUCUCUUGGGUUGAGAUAAACCUAUUUCUCCUGGGACAGUUUUUCAUUUUUUUUUUCCUUUGCACCAUGGUGGAAAUUUGUUAUCCCUGCCCUAGAGGUGAUUUUUCCAAUCCUGCAGCCUUUAACAACCUGCUCUCCUGUUUAACAUUUUCUUUAAAAAAAAAAAAAAAUUAAAAAAAACUCUAAUCUUAAAUUUUAUUUUACAAUUCGGAUAACAAAUUUUUUAAAAAACUAUAUGUGUGUAUUAUAAUUAAGAUUAAUAACAGCCAAGAGGGAAAUCUCUAAAAUAGACAGCAAGUUGUUAAAGGCCGCUAGUUUGUAAAUUAGCUCCCUGGAAUGUCAAUAAAAUCUCACUACUACUCCACAUAUCAUGAGUGCCAAAAAGCCAUAAAAUAAGGACUGGAAAAAUGUCACUAAAAACUUUUUCAGUUAACCUAUAUUUAAGAAAAUAUGCAAGACAAUGAUGACAAACAAAAAUUGCAUAUCGUUAAAAAUUAAUAUUUUGUGAUCAAAAUUUUUCUAUGACCACUUUUAAUAUUUAAGUGGUGACAGUUAUUCUUCCUGUAGCAUUCAAGUGUCAUCAGUUGUAGUGCCUCAAAUUGUUUCUAAUCAUUAUUUCUAAUAGUCCCUUUAUUAACCAAUUUAUACUUGCGCUCUCUUUAAAAAAUGAACUAAAAGUGUUCCCUCUUCUAAAGAUGCACUUUUGGUCAAAAAGUCAAAUCGUUCAGAAAGUUUUUGACUCUAAACAUAUCAAUGCAGAGAGUGUUCAAUGAUUUAUUUCUUGCAGAUUUUAUAUUUAAUUGUAGACAGCAUAUUUUUUUUAAAAAAUUGGGUUUACACUUUUAAUUUAGGAAUCCAUAAUAUUUUUUUACCCAUAAGUGCUUUCUCAAAUGCCAAUGAGACAUCAGACACAGUUUAGAUUUUAAAAAAUGAAUGAUACUUUUACAUAGCAUUUUAUAGAAAAUUGGAAUAUUUUUAUUAUGGUUGCACAGUAACUGGAGCACAUUGCUUUAGAGCAUUAUAAGACUUAUUAAAAAUUGAAUAUAUUUUCUUACUUAUUAAGUAAAUAGGAUGGUUUUAUUAUGAUAAUAGAUAUUUUAAAUCCUGAGUUAAUUCUCUUUUUUAUCCAUAUAAUUUAAAUGAAAUUGUGAUGAUAUUUUAAAGAAGGCUGUAAUUUAUUGGUGUGUAAAAUUCAUUGUAUUUAAUAAUGGUUAUCAUUACUUCUGCUAGUCAUUACAUAUGUUUUUAAUAAAAGAUUUAAAUAUUUU